GGAUAUUGGAUUUCCGGGUUAACUCCACUGAGAAAUGGUGUAUAGUCUCUUUUUACACUAUGUCUUCAGAAAUUUAAAUGUUUAUUUCGAGCCACAAAGUGUGUAUUAGGAACAAGAACUACUAUUUGGAAAUGAUCGAAAAAUCCUACCUAUUAAAACACGGUUCCAUGAACUUUAGCCGCGUAAUUAGGUGUUGUCGUUACUUCUGGGGGACCUUUUUUGUGCAUCUUCGAUAUUAAGUAGUUCUUUCAAACUGUUGUCUCAUCCUGAUACUUCCUCCGGACUUAUUCGCCGCUUCAGUCUGGAGGGUGUAGAUAAGGCACUUGCUGCUCCUUCUCCUCCACCUCCCCCUGAAGUGUCGAAUGAACGUCCGUCAACACCGUCGAUCACUGUUCUCGAUGUUUACGACAUAGCUGCUUCAAUUGGCAAAGAAUUCGAGACCAUCAUCGAUAAGUAUGGACCUUAUUCAGUGUCCAACUUAAUGCCUAAAGUGAUAAGUGUUCUCGAAGAACUGGAAGACUUUGCUACAAAAUUUGAAUCAGAAGGAAGAGAAAUAAUAACUCUUCAGACUGCUGUACAUCGUUUAGAACUUGAGAAAUUAGAUCGAAAAGAAGAUCAAAAUAGACACAAAAAGGAAUUAGAGCAAAUUGAAGAAACAUGGCAUUCUGAAGUUCAAGAACUACUUCAAUUAAUUGAAAAGUUGAAAGAAGAAAAUAAACAACUCAAAGAUGCUAUUGAAGAUAAAGAAACCUCGAGUUCUCAGUCACCUGUUCCAACUAGUUCAGGAAAUUCAACAAGUGUUGAGGAGAUACAGCUUAUGAUACGUUUGAAAGAAAUUAUAGAUCGACAAAAGAUACAAAUUCGAGCAUUACGUCAACAGUUAGCUCAAAAACACGUCGAUUUAGAUGCGAUGCAACAACAAGCCACACGUUUAGCUAAACUGAAUGCAACACUUCGUCGUAAACAUUUUGUCAGUAAACGACAAGCUGAUCAAUUACGCGAUGAAAAGGUCAAUUUGGAGACAUUAUUAAGUACAAAAGAACAAGAAAUAAAACAAAUGAAAGAGCACGUUUAUCAUACUAACAAUAACAGUGGUACUACUACUACUACUUAUAAUAAUAAUAACAAUAAUAAUGGUAAUGCUAAUGAUGAGAAUAUUUCAGAUUCACCUUUAUGUGCUGAUAUGUCAAAAUCUUUAAUUGCUGAAUUAAUAUCACCAGACACUCCGCCGGGACAAUUAACAGAAGAACAGUUGGUUGAACGACUUAAUAUCGAGGGGAAAAUGAUUGUUGAUAAACAUGAUCCAAAUCGUCCUCAUUUCACUCUGCAAGAACUUCGAAAUGUAUUAACUGAACGUAAUGAGCUGAAAUCACGUCUAAUUGAAGUUGAAGAAGAAUUAUUAGUUUAUAAACGAGCUGGAAUUCCUAAACCUCGGUACAUAAAACCCUGGGAUGAAGCUCCUCCAGUCCAAGGUCCGAUAAAUCGUGAACCAGAUGAAAAACUCUAUGGCACGUCCAGAUCGAAUUUAGGCGUCAAGAAAUUAUCCUGUGACACAGUGCUAUCUGACCUGAAGCGCAAACCAAUCAAUUCACUAUGAUAUUUCUUCUUUGCUACCUUCGAAAAAUGCACAACAUUUGGUUGGAAGCCAAUUUUAAAAAGUUCAGGAGUACAUUUUGGAAACCAAGGAAUAUAACUUACAUUGACACCCACGAUUAUGCUUUUUCUCAAAGCUGUCAUUCGGUUGGUGGAAAAUACGUUUAUAAGGAGUAUCUACUUGAUUGAUUUAUUGAUUGACUGAUGGAUUGAUUGAUUGACUGGUCUCACCUCCAUUCCAAAUGAGAGUGACAGAAUCUCUCUUUUUUUAAUUGUUGUUAUGUGUUUGUUUGUUUGUUUAUUGUCCACUUGCAUAUAUUUUGUUAUUUCUUUCCGGUUCGAGAGAAAAAUAAUCUCAUGCUUAUUUGCAUUUAUGAUUCUGAUUACUUCAAUUAAAAAUGAUUUUUAAUAUAUACAUACAUACAUACAUACACACAUAAUUAUGCCAUAUUUUAGCUUAUUUGUUCAUUACCAAAGUUAAUAUAUAUAUAUUAGUUGACAAUCCUAUGGCCAUUAUUGUCCCCCCCCUACCCCACGCCUCUUCUCUUCUGUUCUCCCCACCCUCUUCCUUGUUUUCAUCUUCUUUUCCCCCCUUAAUUUUGUCAGCUAUUUUGUGUAUUACUGCCUUGUUUCUUGCUUAUUUUUCCGUGUGAUAAAUACCUACUCCUGAUGAUGACGUUGAUAAUUUAUCAAUAACAUUGAUGACAAUAAUAUUGGUAAUAAAUAAUAAUAAUAAUCGAUAUACUAAUAUUCAUCAGUGAUACAGAGAGAGAGAGAAAGAAAGAAAAGAAUCAUUCCAUUUCUCCUCAUGCUUAUUUCCAUGUCCACACACAUACAUACAUGCAUAGAAACAUACACUCUCUCAGUCACAUGCAUAAUAUAUAUAUACAGGAGAAAAGAAAGGCGCAAGGAAACCUCUUCUUUCUUUGUCUCUCUGUGCUUGUCUUUCAUUGAAUUUUUAAGCAUAACUAACCUCAUUUAUACCACUCAUUAUUAUUAUUAUUAUUAUUAUUAUUAUUAUUAUUAUUAUUAUUAUCAUUAUUCGUGUGCAUUCCAUAAUCACAUCAUCAACUGAACAUC